AUGGCGCUCUUCGACAACAAGAACCCCGGCGAGGCCGCUUCGCCCACGGCCAGCUACCGCGAUGAAGACUUCUCGCGCAUCGAUCCAGACUCGGGUGUCAAGCGAGGUCUGAAAACCCGCCAUUUGUCCAUGAUGGCGCUGGCUGGUAUCAUCGGCCCUGGCAUCCUCGUUGGAACUGGAGGCGCCCUGGCAAACGGUGGUCCUGCAGCCCUACUUAUCGGAUUUGGUUUCAUCGGCAUCGUCGCAUGGAGCAUUACUCAAUCACUAGGCGAAAUGACGACUCUGUACCCCACAGGAGGUGCUUUUGUCACUCUCUCUGAUCGAUUCGUCGACAAAGCGUUCGGUGUGGCCGUCGGAUGGCAAUAUUGGCUCGUGUGGGCUUGCGUUCUGGCCAACGAGUACAACGUCAUAUCAUCCCUCAUGGUCUUCUGGAGCGACAAAGUACCAUCGUGGGGAUACUUUUUAAUAUUCUGGUUCGCCUUCCUGGGAUUCCAAAUGAUCGGUGUCGAAUCUUUUGGCGAGGCUGAAUUCUGGCUGGCUUUGGUCAAGCUAGUUGGACUCUGCACGUACUUCCUCUUCAGCAUCAUCUACGUCUCCGGAGGCUUGAUAGGCCAAACUGAAGCCAUAGGAUUCCGCUACUGGAACGAUCCCGGCGCAUUCACCAACGGGUUUCGUGGUGUUGCGCAGGUGUUUGUCUUCGCGUCUACGUUCUAUGCUGGUGUCGAGGCUGUGGCUGUGGCAGCUACGGAGACUCGGAAUCCUAGUGUAGCUGUCCCGCUCGCUAUACGUCAAGUCAUAUGGCGUAUCCUGUUCGUAUACAUGGGUGUUGCAUUCUUUUUCGGCCUUACCUGUCCGGCCGACGCGGACGGCCUUAUUAACGGCGAAAGUCGUGCGCUGAAGAGUCCGAUGACUAUCGCAAUCCAAAAUGCUGGCUGGGAGGGGGGCGUACAUCUGAUAAAUGCCUUCAUCUUCAUCACCGUCGUAUCAGCCGCCAACAGUUCUAUCUAUAUUGGGUCAAGAACCAUUCUAUUUAUGGCGCAGGAGCGCAUGGCGCCACGAUUCCUAGGCAAGACCAACUCGCGCGGCGUGCCGUACCCCGCCAUCAUCUUCACGAACCUGUUUGGUUUCAUUUCUUUGAUGAAUUUGAGUACAGGAGGCGGCAAAGCAUACGGAUAUAUCAUCAAUUUGAGCGGUGUAUCGACGUUCAUCGUCUGGGGCGCAAUCUCCUUCACGCACAUCCGCUUUCGACAAGCUUGGGCAGCUCAAGGACGAGCUCCCGAACAACUGCCUUUCAGGUCCUUUGGCUACCCAUGGAACUCGUACUUUGGACUCGGCGCCAACAUUUUCCUUGCUCUUGUACAGGGCUGGACGACAUUCAGUCCUUUCGAUGCAGGAACAUUUGUCGAUGCGUAUAUCCUGCUUCCGCUGUUCGGCAUCAUUUAUUUCGGAUACAAGUUCAUCUUCAAGACGCGAUAUUGGCGCGCUCACGAGAUCGAUUUGGAUGCUGGAAUGAGGAAGGACCUGGAUACGAAGGAAGAGGUGCUGCAUGGUGAGCCUGAUGCGGGUGGACACAAGAAGAAGGGCAUUGUGAGGAGAUUGUUAAAUCUCAAGCAAUGA